AUGCCUCUACCCACCUACUUCCCACAUAUCGUAUACACAACUGCACUCACCUCACUCGCGCUUCAUCUCCUUUCUACGCGUAAGGAAGGUGAGGCUUCCAGACAGCAUACCGAGGCGAGAAUUGGUUUGUUGGAGGGACUGGCAAGUAGGCUGCAUGCUGGGGAGCGAGUGAGUGAAGAGGAGAUUGGGAAGGUUAGGAGGUUGAUGCGGGAAGGUGGAGUGGUUGAAGAUGCGACAGCGGGACAUGGUGAUAGAAAGCUGUGUGUUGAGUUACUUGCCGUCUAG